AUUAUGUCUCAAACAAAAACCUAAAUUAAAGAUAAACAAGUUUUAAAGAAAAAAUCAAAGAAAAUGUUUUAAAAAAGAGUGAGUGCAUACAAAACGAAAAUAAAUGUUGAAUUUUAUUAAAGUGUUAAACACGAAAAGUAAUCUAACACUUCUUAUUAUAGAAUAUUUAUGAUAUAACAUUAGCUAACACUCCCAAAAGUCUGUCUAAUCAGACAGUGAAAAAGUGUAUGGUCUCCAAAGUGUAAUGUAAAUUCAAAAUAAAUUUGUUAAACAUAAAAUUGUAACGAAACAAAUGCAAACAUUUUGUAGGCAGGAAAUUAUUAAUUAUGAUAACAACAGCUACAACUACAGCAGCAGCAACAACAUUAACGAAUGAAUUGAAACUAAUUAAUUUGCAUGCAAAAUCUUAGACGGAGUAUAAGCAGUGUGUGAAUGACGUUAUUUAAAAAAAAAUCACUGAGAAAAAAGUACGAGAAGAAACUCAUUGAUGAUCAUAGAAAAAGUGUGAACUUAAACGAAACAUUUGUACUGUUUUUUAUAAAUUAAAAAGAAAAAUACAAAUCUACCAUACAGACUGUAUUCAUGAACAUUUUUAAUUCAACGAUGAUGGUGAUAUGGUAAUAUUGCGUCUGUUCUAUUGCCGGCUGCCAUAAUGCUGUCAUAAAAUAUCAAUUUGCAAUUUUUCAAUUUAUAUUUUAAAACUUGUUCGUAGCCGAUAUGCAUAUAUAUACAUACACAUGUUUAAGAGUAUAAACAUUAUGAUACCAUAAUAAGUGGUAUAAAAAGAGAAAGGAAAGAAAUAAUAAUUUUUAGCCGUUUUCAGAUAAACAAACAACGAUUUUAAGUAAAAGCAAAGUGUUUUAGAAAAAUUUAUAAAUUUAAAAUUUAAAUAAAUAAUCACUUACCAAAAUGUUCGGAAAAAAUCCAUAUUUUCUGAAAACUUGUAUUACAAAUUCAACAAACAAUAACUGCCAGUGUUUUACCUGCCCCAGUGAAAGCAACAUCAUGAUGUCUCAUGUUAAAAGAAAAACUUGCAACACAACAGCAGCAACAAAAAUGACUCAUAAUACCAACAGCAACAAUUCCACCUGCAGUUCAGAUCAUCAACAAAAGAUACAAAGAACAUCCUCCUCAUACAGUUCAUACAGUCAUUGUAAUUUAUUUAUUAUUGGAUUAAUUUUUAUUAUAAUCGCUUGUAAUGAUCUCGUUGAGGGUGCUCUGCGUAAUGUCAAUUUAAUAAUUGAACCACCUGCUGUUCGUCGUGGCCAACAUGCUGUGCUACGUUGUAUGUAUGAUCUGGAGGGAGCUCCGUUAUAUUCAGCAAAAUUUUAUCGUGGUCAAUUGGAAUUUUAUCGUUAUACACCUGGCGAAUUUCCAAAUACAAAAGUUUUUCCAUUUCCUGGCAUACAUGUUGAUGUCACCAGUUCGAAUGCGACACAAGUGUUAAUACGCAAUGUGGGUUUUGGUUUAUCCGGCAAUUUCUCAUGUGAAGUGACUGCAGACGCACCAUUAUUUUCUACAGCAACCGCUUUUGGCGCUAUGCAGGUUGUGGAACUUCCCGAAAAACGCCCUCAAUUAUUUACUGAACACACACGCUAUGAACCUGGCGAUAUAUUAAGAGCAAAUUGUAGUACACCUCCCUCCAGACCUAAAGCCGAGCUUAAAUUUACUAUUAAUAAUAUGGUGGUUAAUAACAUUGAAACACAAUUUAUACGCACUAUCGAUAAUUUGAUUGCAUCUCGUAUUAGUUUAAAGCUACAACUACAGGGUAUUCAUUUUAGCAGCGUAAAUCCUUCGGUUUAUGGUCAUAGUGUUUAUGGCAUGAAUUCGGUACAUGGUGGUGGUUUAGUGUUGCGUUGCACAGCCACAAUUGGUGAAUUAUAUCAGGAAUACAAGGAAAUUGAAUUGGGUACACCGCAGAAGGAUCCAGUGCCUGCAAGAGUAACUCUUUCAUCAGGUUCAACAGUGCGCAAUUUUCUUUCAUUCCUCUCAUCGGGCAAAUCCAAAAUUUCUACAAUGGAUAUUUCCAAAUUACUUUUACUCACUGGUAUCGUACAUGCUAACUCAAUAGGAUCUUUAAUUGUACAAUUAUUAACAGCUAUUCAAAUAUUAUUAUUAAGAUACAAAUAUACUUUAGAUUUAAAACAACAUUCCCAGAAUGUCUGUGCAUUUUUACGUUUAGCAUUAUUAUCUCAAAGAUAACUUGAUGGCUUAAAAAAUUAUUAAAAAAUAAUAAAAUAAUUUACAAAUAAAAUACUACGAGUACAUAAUAUAAAAAAAACAAAAAAUUUUUGGUAAAAUACAUUUAACUAAACUAAAA